UUUCCCGCGUUACCUUUGGUGUAAAACAACACAGCGAGCUGUCAGCCUGUAGCACCAGCAAGCUAACGUUUUUGGUGACGGUCUUACACACUUUAACAACCAUUACAUUAUUGUAAAGUAAUGCCGUCCUCAGAUUAUGACUCGGCCUGUCUGCCGGACUUGUUACCGCUGUACUACCGGCGGCUGUUCCCCUUCUCACAGUACUAUCGCUGGUUGAACUAUGGAGGUGUACAGAAGAAUUACUUCCAGAAUCGAGAGUUCUCCUUUACACUCAAAGAUGACAUCUACGUCCGCUACCAGUCGUUCAGCACACAGAGCGAGCUGGAGAAAGAAAUGCAGAAGAUGAACCCUUACAAGAUUGAUGUUGGAGCAGUGUACAGUCAUAGGCCAAGUCAACACAAUACAGUGAAGUCAGGAUCCUUCCAGGCCCUGGAGAAGGAGCUGGUGUUUGAUAUAGAUAUGACAGAUUACGAUGAUGUCAGGAGCUGUUGCAGCGCUGCAGACAUUUGCUCCAAGUGCUGGACCCUGAUGACCAUUGCCAUUCGAAUCCUGGACCGAGCUCUUCGAGAGGACUUUGGUUUCCAGCACCUGCUGUGGGUUUACUCUGGCAGAAGAGGAGUGCAUUGCUGGGUGUGUGAUGAAGCUGCCAGGAAGCUUUCUGUAGCAGCACGCUCUGCAGUGGCAGAAUACCUCAGCCUUGUUAAGGGAGGUGAAGAGAUGAUGAAGAAAGUUAUGCUCUCAGAUCCAAUUCAUCCUUUUAUCAGAGAGUCUUUGACGGUGGUGGAGCGAUACUUUCCCCGGUAUGCUCUACAGGACCAGGACAUACUUGGCCGCAAGGAAUCUGUAGACAAAGUGCUGGCACUCGUGCCUGAAGAUGUGAGAAAAGAAUUACAGCAGGACUUCCAAAACGAGAAGAAACCAGAGAGCCGUUGGAAGUUGAUCCGAGAACAAGCUCUUAGGAAACAGAGCACUGCAAAAAAAGGCCAACACUUUGAGAAAGAAAUCAUGCUGCAGUAUUGUUACCCUCGGCUUGAUGUGAAUGUCAGUAAAGGGGUGAACCACUUGUUGAAGAGCCCCUUUAGCGUCCACCCCAAAACAGGACGCAUUUCAGUUCCCAUUGACAUCAAAGAAUUAGACACGUUUGAUCCUUUUGCCGUGCCAACAAUCAGUCUGAUCUGUGAGGAGCUGGAUCGACCCAGGGAAGGGGACGAGGAAGAGAAGUCAGCGGACACCAAUGACAAUGAGAAGGAUGCAGCAGAGAGACGAAAGAUCAGAGAUUACAAAAGAACAAGUCUGGCAAAGUAUGUGAAGCACUUGGAUCAGUUUCUGGAUGGAAUGGCUCGUUCAUGGAAAGGAGACCUACUCAGAAAAAGUGAUCUUCAGAAGGAAUUCUAGUGGAUCAACAACUGAAAUGACAGGGAAGAGACGUUGUCAGUUAAUCUGGGUGAUGAUGCAAUCUGUCCUGUUGUUUUCUUAUAAAUAAUGACUUCCUCUAAAUCUAUUUUGUUAUACCCUAGUGACUCAGUAAUAAUACAUUCAUGAACAUAAAUAAACCAUCUACUUACUGAAGCUGUAUCUUGUUUCUCUGCUUGUUGCCUACACCUUGUUUUUGUACAGUCACUUGUGAAAAUAAAUUUGGUAUUUCAGCUCUUUCAAAA